AUGGAUGAGAUCGAGUUGAAGCCGGAUACAAAUGUGCAACAGCUUUUGGCACCGGAAGAUGAGACGCCGACUGCACAUGAACUGGCGAAACCGUGCCCUGUGAUCAUGGCUUGGGAACGGAUGGUAAACAAAGGUCAGGCGAGAGCAACGGUCCACCAUCCCGAAAGCGUGAAAGAAACGAUAAAUAUGGAUAACUUACUGACGCAGUAUUAG